CACCCAAAAAUUCAACACUCGAGUACCCGGCGUUUACCGUGGACACGAUAAGUGGCCAAAAAUACAAAUUCGGUCCGUUUCUUUCAAUUGACAAGUCGGUCGAUUACGAAUAAUAUAAAGUUCAUGAAAUUGUGUUUGUUUUUGCCCUCUGCAUCCCAUCGAUCUGCUUAGCCUUCCUUGCUCCUAGGGUUUCAUUAUUUCACACUAUCCGAGUGUGUUUUCUCUGGUCUCACUCUUCAAUCACCGGACCACAGGUACAUAAAAAGCAUGGCCAGUGAUGCUAAAACAAGGCGACUUGAUUGCGGAGAUGGGAUUGAUAGAAUUAGCAACUUGCCCGGUAAUGUAAUAGACCUCAUUCUUAAAAGAUUGCCGCUACAUGGUGCAGCAAGAAUGAGUGUCCUCUCGAAAGCAUGGAGGGAUAUUUGGGUAAUGUUUCCACGCUUAGUUUUUGAUGACGAUUUCUUUGAGCAAUUGAGUUUAGCAAGGGCUUUUAAGAAAGAUGAAGGAACUCGACUAAGUCAAUUUUCAAGAACCAUAAGCGGUAUACUGUUAGCUCGCAGAGGCCCCAUUUUAAAGUUUCAUCUCGACUUUCCUUAUAAUACGUCUCUUCAUCUUUGUCCAGAUACAAUUUAUUGGAUAAAACACAUAUCGAACUGUGGAGUUAAGAAAAUGAACCUUACUAAUUAUGAAGUACCUGACUAUGAAAUACCAUCGUAUCUGUUUUCCUGUUCAGAGAUGACGCAUUUGAGUCUCACUGGCUGUGUGCUUAAACCGCCCCCGAAAUAUAAAGGUUUCUCUAAUCUGAUUUGUGUUAGCCUUGUGCAUGUCGUAAUUACCACUGACAUGUCAUUUGGGGCUCAACUUGUUGAAUUGUACAUGGAAUGUUGCCAUGGGACAGAGUAUUUGGGGCGCCAAUUUAAAUAUUAUAACAAUCUCACCGAGUUAAGUAUCAGGGAAUGUGGAGAAGUUGAAUUGCAAUGGUUUGAAUCCAUCCAAAAGGUUAAACAUCUUUGUCUCAUGUUAGAUGGAAAGGCAAAUAAAGUCAUAAAUUUCGCUGAUCUAGUUGACAAAAUGCCUAGAAUCCAAACUAUUCACCUGGAUAACUUUUUCCUUGAGUCCUUGGAACUAGGUGCAGCUGUUACGAAGAGGAAUCUAAUGGAGAACUUGAGAGAUCUGUACUUUUACAAUGUUGAAUCCUGUAAUUUGGUUCAGAUUCAAAAGGUUCUUUGCCUGAUCAGAAUUUCGCCAAACCUGCAAUAUCUACACAUGGCUCUGGGCAGGAAUGUUAUGAACGUGGCAGAAAGCACUAAACUUAUGGUGUCAUCGGUUGUACAAUAUUUGCAAUCACCAGAAUUAAUGGACAUGAAUCUUAACCAACUUGAAGCUGUGGAGAUAAAGUGGAUUGACGGUACGGAUGAGCUUCAGUUCAUAAAGUUGUUGCUUGCAUCUUCUCCUUCGCUUAGAUGGAUGAAACUCUUUCAUAUCGCAAUUAAUGAUUCUAAAGAACAGUUGAGGAUUUCGCGAGAAUUGAUGAGGUUCCGCAGAGCAUCCACAGCUGCAGAAAUAAUAUGGACAUAACUAGGUAUUGGCUUCUCAGAAUUAUGGUGGUGGUAGAAUUAUUUUGGAAGCAAAUGCUGAAGCAUAUAAGCUUCUCAGAAUUGUGUAUUUUGUGAAGCAACCUGAGUCUUGUGACUCUUGUGCUUGUUGAAAUAGACCUAUUAUUAUGGAUACAAAAGUUGCCUUUUUUCUCUUUCCUUGGAGAUUUGGUAACUUCACAUCAUAUUUCCAAAACGCAAUGGAAUUUUUUUGCAAGCUGGAA